AACGGAUCCUCUUCAUCAUUCUCCUCCUUGACAUCCUAAUUCGAUAAGUCCUCAUCAGCCACUCACAUGUUCUUGCAAAAACAAUGUCUCCAAUCACCACUCCAACAAGGAAUCCACAUCCACAACCCAACGCCACUGCUUUCCAGCCAAAUUCAGCUAGUAAUCCAGAAUCUUCAUUUCCUUUAGAGUUGGAAGAUGGUGGGGGUGAUGCCUUUGAAUUGUCACAUUUCCUUGACAGUGGCAAUCCACACAACCCUAAAUUCCCAUCAAAUGAGCUAUUAUCAAAUGUAUCAAAUGGUUGGCCUUUCGGGAUAAGUCCUGUCAAAUAGUUGUAAGAUACAUUGAAAACUUCAAGGAAAUUGAGCUGCGUCAGCUAAGUGGGAAUGCUUCCUACAAGCUUGUUUUGAGAAAGGUCUAGAGCUUCAAGAUUUUUGAGAUUUCCCAAGGCUGGUGGAUUUGGACCAACGAGGAUGUUAUUGGAAAGGUUGAGCAGUUGAAGUCCGUUUAAGCUCCCAUACCUUUGCAUAUUCCAUCUGGAAUCUCUCCAUCAAAUUUGUUGCAAGAAAGAUCAACAGCAGAGAAAAUCUCUAACACCUUUGCAUAUUCCAUUUUCACUCCUUUGUUUGUUAUUGUCAUUGAGUAGGGCAUUUCUUUGGCAGAGUUGUUUUGGGUUUUUUAUUAGCACCUCACUUACUUUCUUCAAUACUUUCUUAUAAGCAUUUCAAAUGCUAAAAACUAGAGCUUCCCUCCAAUACUUCUUUAGACUUGUGAGAGAAAAAAGUGCUUAUAAACAAGUUGAAGAAUAAGCUCUGCCAAACAGU